UGUUGUAUAGCUCAUAGUGGACCCUACCAGAUUCCGGUGGCUCAGUGUUGGGAGAUCAGUCCUAGGAGAUGGAGGCAGAGUUAGGGCUGAUGAGGCUGAGGCUUCCCAGACUGACUAGAAAGCCCUCCAGGCUCUCCAAGUCUCCAAGAACAAUGGGUCCUGCCUCUUUCUGGAAACUAGGCAGGGCUUGGCCCAGGUUCUUGCUACCUGUCUCUCUGCUGAUCUUACUUCUGGCUCUAGUGGCCGCAGUGGAAGAUCCGUUGUCAAACAAGCGUACUCUGCAGACGGAGGAUGAAAACGAAGGAAAUGGUUUAGAGUCCGAGUCCCUAGACAACCCUGAUUCUGACUCAAGCCAGAAUUUUGCUGGCGAGGAUGCAGGCAGUGAGGAGACAGCUGAUAUGGAAGAUGAAGCAGAGGAGAACGAGGAAGAUGAAUCCCCCUUUCAGAAGAAGGCUCAAGGCUUAUGAAGCUGCUGCCAGGAGCCUCUGAAGAGAAUCAGUCCCUGGGCCUGAUAUGCUGUUCUCCCUUCCUACUUUAUUCCCAGGUGACAGGGAAUAUUUGCCCUAUCCCCUCAAUAAAUAUAUCUGAGAAAAAUCUG